UCAAUUCAACUGAAUAACUGUUGUCCUUAAAUUAUUCAAAAUGGUUGCUUUAAACAAGGGUGAAAUACCAAGAGAAGAAAUUAUUGUCAAAGGUCAAAAUGUAUCCUUCUUAACACAGGAUUGUAGCUUGGGCUCAUUUAUUUUAGACAAAUUAAACAAAUUUGAAGACAAAACAGCACAAAUAUAUUCUCUAACUGGGGAAUCAUACACUUUCCGUGAAAUAAAAGACCGCAGCAUUCGAGUAGCAAAACAAUUACGGGCCCAUGAAGUUCGCCUUGGAGACGUUAUAUCAAUUUGUUCUUCUAAUAAUCCAACUUCUGCUUUGGCAUUACUAGCUGGUACAUACGUUGGUGCAGCAGUCAGCCCAUUGGAUCCUAGUCUAAAUAAAUCUGAUGUCAAACAUUUAAUGAAUAUUACUGAUCCAAAAAUUAUCUUCACUGAAGAAGGUUGUCUUCAAAUGAUUGAAGAAGUUAUCCAAGAAUUGCAUUUAACAACCGAAAUAGUAGUCUUUGGUGACUCCGAUAAACAUACAACAUUCUCACAAUUUUUAAAUUCUUCAAUCGAUGAUGCAAAUGAUUUCGAACCAGUCAAUUUCACUGACCCAUAUGAUCAUAUUGCUUAUUUAAUGUCUUCAAGUGGUACUACAGGAUUACCAAAGUGUGUGUCUAUAUCCCACGGAGCUAUGAUUUUUCAAUUGCAACUAGUUAUGCUUGCUGGUUAUCCAUCAACUAUGGUAAUGUUAAAUAUGUCUUCCUUAUUUUGGAUAACGGGUGUAUUCAUAACUUUACUUACAAUCACUAUUGGUACAAUUCGUAUUUUAACACCACCAUUUGAGCCGUUACAUAUUUUUCAAACAAUUGAAAAAUAUAAGGUCAGUUGGAUGGUACUUGGUGUAACAUAUUUUGCUCGAAUGGUGACACAUCCAAAAGUGGGCGAUUACGACUUAAGGAGUCUUGAUAUGGUUGGCAUAAGUGGUGCCAAAGCAAGCGAAAAACAUUUAGCGGAUGGAAAGAUAGUAUUUCCUAAUUGUAGGUUAACUUCAAGUUAUGGUAUGACCGAAACAAGUGGAAAUGUGUUUAAAUUGAAUUAUGGAGUACCAAGUGCUUUAGGAAUGUUAGUACCUGGUAUGGAAUGUAAGAUUGUUGAUACGGAAAGUCGUGUAUCUUUGGGUCCAAACCAAAAGGGUGAAAUAUGUUUCAGAGGAAAAGCGUUAUUUUCUGGAUAUUAUAAAAAUCCUAUAGCAACAUUUGACGCAGUAGACAACGAUGGUUGGUUGCACACAGGAGAUCUUGGUUACUAUGAUGAUAACGAAUGUUUCUAUGUUGAAGGUCGAAUUAAAGAGCAAUUUAAAUGUAAAGGAUGGCAGAUUUCGCCCAUAGAAUUGGAAUCAGUAUUACUAAAACAUCCAGCAAUCAAAGAAGCUGCUAUAAUAGGUGUGCCACAUAAAGUUGACGUUGCAAGAGCCAGAGCAUUUAUUGUAAAACGACAAAACUCAAAUGCAACAGAAGAAGAUAUACUUUCUUAUAUGAAAGAACAUGUAAAUCCAAAUAAACAAAUCACCGGUGGUAUUAUAUUUGUUGAGUCUUUACCAACUACACCGACUGGGAAAAUUCAGAGAAGAGGUCUAGUGGAGCUAGCAAAACAGUAUGCUACUGGUGAUGAGGAAUAAAGACUUAAC